CCGGCUCUCCCCGUGCGGCCCCAACGCCCAGUGCCAGAACGUGCCCGGGAGCUUCCAGUGCUCGUGCAACUUCGGCUUCAUCGGGAACCCGCCCGACGCGGCUUGCAAAGCUCCGUGUGAAGGGCGUCGAGUGUGGGCCGCACGCCACCUGCAAGCCCGAUGGCGUAGAGGCGAUGUGCAUGUGCGAUCCCGGUUGGACUUACGACCCUAAGGACAUCACCGCGGGAUGCGUUGACGUGGACGAAUGCACGGCAGGCAACCGACCCUCAGGGCAGUGCGGAGACAACGCCGUCUGCACCAACACCCUGGGCUCCUUCGCCUGCCAGUGCCCCCCAGGGUUCUCGGGAAAUCCAAACGCCAAGUGCCUGGACGUGGACGAGUGCCGGCGGCCCGGGACGUGCGGGCUGGGCGCCGUCUGCACCAACACCCUGGGCUCGUUCUCCUGCUCGUGCCCGCCCAACACGGUGGCCGACCCCGACCCCUUCACGCAGUGCCUGGACAUCAUGAAGUGCGCGGACGACAACGACUGCCCCGGCAACGCGCUCUGCCUCGCCAACCAGUGCAUGUGUCCGGAGCCCAACAUCGGCGACGACUGCAGGCACCCGUGCGAGGACGUGCGCUGCGGCCCCAACGCCGAGUGCAAACUGAUCAACGGGCAGCCCAAGUGCCUGUGCGCGCAGGGCUACUCCGGCAACCCCAUCGGCGUGUUCGGCUGCACGGACGUGAACGAGUGCGUGAACAACCCGUGCGGCAAGGGCGCGGUGUGCAGGAACGAGCCAGGCAAGUUCACGUGCGAGUGCCCGUCAGGCUUCGAGGGCGACGCGGCCCGCGAGGGCUGCAUCGCCGUCAAGAGCCCGGACUGCAGCGUCUCCAGCCCAUGCCCGACGGGGGAGCAGUGUGUCGAGGACAAGACCCUCGGUUCUAACGUGUGCGUGUGCCAGCGAGGCUACGUGCGCGACCCUCAGACAGGUAGCUGCCGCGACAUCAACGAGUGCCUGGAGACCGUGGGCGGCAAGCUUGCCUGCGGCCUCAACGCCAACUGCAAGAACCUGCCCGGGUCCUACGACUGCCAGUGCCCGCCCGGCUUCGUCGGAAACCCCUUCAGCCUCUGCGAAAAGUGCAACACCCUGGAGUGCACGUGCCUUCCCCCGUACCGCAUCGUGGACGGAAUCUGCGUGCUGGCCAACUGCUCCCUGGGCAACAGGUGUCCCGCGGGAGCCGAGUGCGUCACCAUCCAGGGCGGCCUCAGCUACUGCGCCUGCCCCGCCGGGUACACCACCCUCCCUGACGGAUCUUGCCAGGACGUCGACGAGUGCGUGGCGCGCCUCCCCAACGGGCGCCUGCCAUGCGGUCCCGGCGCCGAAUGUUACAACCAGGUGGGCGGCUUCGAGUGUCGCUGCCCGCCCGACUCCUCGGGAGACGCCUACACCACGGGCUGCUCGAAGGCCCAGGAGAAGUGUUCGAGCGACUCCGACUGCCUCGUGAACGAGCGCUGCGUCCAGCCUGGAAAGUGCGUGUGCCCGCCGCCCUAUUUCGUCGACAACCAAGACAACAACAGGUGCAAGAGCCCGUGCGAAGCCUUCUCGUGUGGCAUCAACAGCAAGUGCACACCCACGGACCCCCCUCAGUGCAUGUGCCAGCCCGGCUUCGUCAACAGAGGCCCCGCCGGCUGCGUGGACAUCGACGAGUGCCGCGAAAACCCCUGCGGCCAGGGCGCCAUCUGCAUCAACGAGAUCGGCACCUUCAAGUGUGAGUGUCCCCCUGGCACCGAGGGCGACCCCUUCAUCGGCACAUGCAACCGAAGGGAGGAGGUCGAGUGCCGCUCCGACGACGACUGCCCCGGCGACCUCGCCUGCACUGACUCCGGCGAGUGCGUGAACCCGUGCGACGCCCUGCCCUGCGGCUCGAACGCCUACUGCGAGGCCGAGGACCACGCCGCCUGGUGCCGCUGCCACCCCGGCUACGCGGAGGGCCCCAACGGCGACUGCAUCUCCAUGUGCGAGGGCUUCCUGUGCGGCCCCAACUCGAACUGCAUCGUGGCGAGCGACGGCCCCACCUGCAAGUGCGAGGCGGGCUUCAACGGCAACCCGUUCCCCGGCGGCCACUGCCUGCCCGACCAGUGCUCGGCCGCCAACCCGUGCCAGCACCCGCAGGUGUGCGUCAACGGCCGCUGCAAGGAGCGCUGCGAGGGCGUCGUCUGCGGCGUCGGCGCCAAGUGUGACAAGAACACCAACAAGUGCGUCUGCCUGCCCUUCUUCCUCGGCGAUCCUGACCUGCUCUGCGUGCCUCCGAUCACGCCGCCCCUGUGCACGCCCGGCUGCGGCGCCAACGCCCACUGCGAGUACGGCGAGCCCAACAGGUGCGUGUGCAACACCGGCUACAGCGGCAACCCGUACGCGUCGUGCGCCUCCGAGGACCAGAAGGCCGACUGCGCCACCACGCGCUGCGGCACCAGCGCCGAGUGCCGCCAGGGCGUGAACCGCGUCGACUGCGUGUGCCCCGUCGGCUACCAGGGCAACCCCUACGUGGAGUGCGUCGACGUCGACGAGUGCAUCGGCAGCGCAUGCGGCAUGAACGCCGUCUGCCUCAACACCCCCGGGAGCUUCGACUGCCGCUGCCAGGCAGACUUCUCCGGCAACCCCUUCCAGAUGUGCAUGCCGGACACGGUCGGCUCCGAGUCGUGUCUGGAGAACCCCGCCGCCUGCCCCGACUCGCCCUGCGCCACCGUCGUGUGCGGCCCCAACGCCCUCUGCACCGACGGCACCUGCACGUGUCUUCAAGGAUUCAAGGGCGACCCUUCCAAUCUCAGCGAAGGAUGCCAGCCUGCAGGAUGCCAAAACGAUCUCUUCUGCGCUGACAACGAGAUCUGCUUCUCCAGCGGCGGACGCCGUACCUGCGUCGACGCCUGUAACAAGGUUGAGUGUGGCCCCAAUGCAUUCUGUGUUGCACAGGCCCACCGCUCAGCCUGCCUGUGCAAGGACAGCUAUAAGGGUAACCCUAACGACCUCACUGCAGGCUGCCAGCCUGAGGACCGUGAGAGCAAGUGCACCACCGACAGCGACUGCAGCCCCGGCCAGGUGUGCCAGGUGGACGCCCAGGGCCUCAAGGCCUGCGUCGACCCCUGCUUCUCCUACACCUGCGGUCAGAAUGAGAUUUGUUACAGCCAGGCUGGACGCCCUCUCUGCCGCUGCGAUGAGGGCUACCUGCGCAACCCCUCAACCAAACAAUGCCAGAAGCCCAACGUUCCCGACUGCCAAGACGACCGCCAGUGCCCGCUCUCUGAUGCUUGUCGGCCCGACCAGCUGGGCGUCCUCAAGUGCGUGGGCGUCUGCCAGGACUUCAACUGCCCUCUCCACUCCUCCUGCUUCGCCGUCAACCACCGUGGUCAGUGCCAGUGCGACCGAGGCUUCACGGGCAACCCCAACGACCGCAGCGGGUGCCGUCCCUUGCCCCGUGACGAGUGCCAGUCCGACGCUCAGUGCUCGGAGACCGAGAAGUGUGAGACGCGAGGCAAUGUUCGCAAGUGUAUGUCUGUGUGCGAAACCACUCGCUGCGGGCCCAACGCCGUGUGCGUUGCCAACAACCACGCCGCGCAGUGCCAGUGCCCGCCAGGUCUGUUUGCAGGCGACCCCAAUGACCCUGUCAAGGGCUGCUCCUCUGUCAGUUGCAUCAUCAAUGAGGACUGCCCCACAGACAAGGCUUGCAACAGACUGGACUUCACUUGCUUUGAUGUCUGCUACGAUGCUUGCGGCGACAAUGCCAUCUGUCUUGCCGAGAACCAUCGCUACAACUGCAAGUGUCCUCCGGGCUCGCGGCCAAACCCGUCUGCCGAGAUCGAGUGCGUGGCCGUGAACCUGUGCGACCCUAACCCCUGCCACACCUCUGCCACCUGCUCACCCGUCGGAGGGAACUACCAGUGCUCCUGCCCCGUCGGAAUGGUCGGCGAUCCGUACACAACCGGCUGCCACCCCAAGGGCAUGUGUCCCAGCGGGAAUGAUGACUGCCCGCUGGACAGCGUCUGCAUCAAUGGCCGAUGCGCCUCUCCUUGCGACCGAGCCUGUGGACCCAAUGCCCAAUGCAACGUCGUCAACAGGAAGCCCAUCUGCACCUGCCCAACGGGAUUCGUCCCCAAUCCGACCCCAGACAAGGGAUGCACCCGCCUGACAUCCUCGUGCAACAAUGAUGCACAGUGCCAAGGAGGCGUGUGCCUGGAUGGACAGUGCAAGGUAGUGUGCCGAGACAACAGCGAAUGUGCCCAAGGAGAAAGGUGCUACAACAACAUGUGCAUGGUGCCCUGCGUCUCGUCUUCACAGUGCCCCACCAACCAGGCAUGUAUUUCUGGCGUGUGUCUCCUUGGUUGCCGCGGAAACACCGAUUGUCCAACAGCGAAUGCCUGCGUCAACAACAAAUGUGAUGACCCGUGCUCCAGGCCGAACGUGUGUGGCCCUAACGCUCAGUGCAGUGUGCUGAACCACUUGGCACAGUGCCAGUGUCCUUCAGGAUUCAUUCCAACACCAACACCACAACAAGGAUGCGUCCGUGUGUCUGACACGUGUGCCACCAUCAGUGAAUGUGGUCCAAGCACUGUGUGUGAUUUCGGCCUCUGCAAGCCCGUGUGCCAGCAGAGCAAGGAGUGUGCGCAGGGUGAGAGCUGCACCGCAGGAAUGUGCCACAAGGUUUGCUUUGGUGACGGCAACUGCCUGCAGGGAGAGGUCUGCAUUGAAGGUGCAUGCGUGGGCGGCUGCCGAGGCAACAGCGACUGUCGGGUCAAUGAGGUGUGCCUCUCCAAGAAGUGCAUGUGCGCCAAGGGGUACCUACCGGGCCCCAGCGGCUGUGUCGACGUCGACGAGUGCCAGGACAGGCCAUGCCACCCGAGUGCCUCCUGUGUCAACGUGCCAGGCUCCUACAAAUGCACAUGUCCCGCCAGCACCGUGGGCGAUCCUUACCAAGCGCCGGGCUGCACCACGCCCAACGAAUGUACCAACGACGCCCAGUGUAAUGGAGACCAAGCGUGUGAAAAGAACGGCGACGGCAUCUUAAAGUGUGUGGCGCCCUGCGCAUCGGCCGUGUGCGGUUCCAACGCCCGCUGCAAGGUGGUCAACCGUAAGCCAGUGUGCGAGUGCGAGGCCGGCCACUUCGGCGACCCCAAUGACCUCUCCGUCGGCUGCGUCAAGGGAGACUGCAUCGUCAACGACGACUGUGCUUCCAACAAACUGUGCGACCUCCUCAGCUAUAAGUGUAUCAACCCGUGUGACAGUGUGAACUGUGGCUUCGGACGGUGCCAGGCGGUAGACCACGCUGCCGUGUGCUACUGCGAGCGAGGCUUCCAGACAGACUCCUCCGGAGGCUGCGUGGAUGUGGACGAAUGCCGUGACACCCCGUGCCACCGCACCGGCCUCUGCCGCAACACCCUGGGCAGCUACUCGUGCGUGUGUCCGGAGGGCCAGGUGGGCGACCCCGUGAUGACGGGCUGCCGCAACCCCGGAGACUGCCUCGACGACAGCGAGUGCCCUAACGCCGCCGCCUGUUUCCAGACCAAGUGCCGCAACCCGUGCGAAAUCCCGGGUGCCUGCGGCGUCGGCGCGCAGUGCCAGACGGUCAACCACAAGGCCGUCUGUUCCUGCCCUCCCCGCACCACCGGCGACCCCUUGUCCAGCUGCGUCGCCCUCGAGUGCCUCGGCCACAACGAGUGCCCGGCUGACAAGUCGUGCGUGAACAACAAGUGCGUGAACCCGUGCUCCAUCCCCGGCGUGUGCGGCAAGAACUCCGAGUGCGUCGCGCGCGCUCACCUGCACCAGUGCUUCUGCAAGCCAGGCUUCACCGGCGACGCCACUCUCGGCUGCACGGACAUCACCUACUGCCAGGUGGAGACGGACUGCCCCGCCGGCGAGCAGUGCAAUGGCGGCGUCUGCCUGCCCCGUUGUACCAGCAACCGAGAGUGCCUCAGCGACCAGGUGUGCAUCGAUGGCGCUUGCGUGCCCAAGUGCAGGUCCAACAACGACUGCCCCGACUUGCAAGUGUGCCAGAACAACCUCUGCGUGCCAGAAGUCAAGUGCCGCCAGAACGCCGACUGCAGCGCCGACGAGCAGUGCCGCACCAACCUCGUGGGCCAAGCGGAGUGCCGCGAGGUGUGCGACGGACUCACGCUCUGCGGACGCAACGCAGAGUGCAAGGCAAUCAACCACCAAGCCGUGUGCCAGUGCCCGCAGGGCUACUUCGGCGACGCCACGGACGAGCGCCAAGGCUGCCAGAAGAUCGAGUGCGAGGUGGACGAGCAGUGCGCGCAGAACCAGCGCUGCGACAACUACAUGUGCAAGAUUGCCUGCCGCGUGAACAACCAAUGUGGUGAGAACGCCCUGUGUCUCUCCGAGGGCCACAAGGCGGUCUGCUUCUGCCGCGAUGGGUUCCAGGGCGACCCCCUCAGGGGAUGCCAGCCCAUCGACUUCUGCAGGAGCAGCCCGUGCGGCGCGGGAGCCAAGUGCCAGAACGUCCCCGGCAGCUACAAGUGCCUCUGCCCGCCCGGCACCGUGGGCGACGCCUACUCCGACGGCUGCAAGCCUCCCGUCAUCUGCCUGGUGAACAGCGACUGCCCCGACUCCGCCUUCUGCGGCGAAGAGGACAACGUGCCCAAGUGCAAGGACGUGUGCGAGCGCGCGGAGUGCGGCCCCAACGCCGAGUGCGGCGCCGUCAACCACCGCGCCGUGUGCACCUGCAAGACCAGCUACGAGGGCGACCCCAACGACCGCGUCACCGGCUGUCGCCCCUACCAGCCCAUCUGCAGCCGCAACACCGACUGCCCGCCGCAGACCAUCUGCGACGGAGGCCGCUGCAGACCGCCGUGCCAGAGCGACCAGGAGUGCGGCCUGACGGAGGCGUGCGUGCGGGGCCAGUGCAGCGACCUGUGCGACGAGGACGACGCGUGCGGCCUCAACUCCGCCUGCACGAUGAUCAACCACCGCCGCCAGUGCUCGUGCCCGCCGGGAUUCACGGGCAACGCGGAGACCGAGUGCUACCGCGUGCCCACCACCUGCCAGAGGAAUAACGACUGCCCCGCCGGGUUCCUGUGCAAGGCCGGCAUGUGCGCGCCCGCCUGCGCAGGGGACAACGAGUGCGCGCUCAACGAGAAGUGCGUCAGCGGAUCCUGCAUGCUGACCUGCCGCCUGGACAACGACUGCUUCCUGGGCCACAUCUGCCUGAACAACCUGUGCAUGAUCGGCUGCCGCGCCAACGAGGACUGCAUGUCGAGCGAGGCCUGCCUCAACAACCGCUGCACGGACCCCUGCGGCUCGUCGGCCGUCUGCGGCGCCAACGCGCUCUGCUCCGUCGUGAACCACCGCGCGCAGUGCUCGUGCCCCGAGGGCUUCAUCCCCAACCCGACGCCCAACGUGGCAUGCGUCCGCAAGCCCAGCACCUGCGCCAUCAACUCCGACUGCGCCUCCGGCUUCGUGUGCACGGCGGGCAGCUGCCUGGCCAUCUGCUCGUCCGACACCAGCUGCCUGGACAACGAGCGCUGCGUCAGCACCGUCUGCCGCCCCACCUGUCGCCGCGACGACGACUGCAGCUCGGGCGACCUCUGCAGCAACCUCAUCUGCGUCGCCGGCUGCCGCGCCGACACGCAGUGCCCGUCCACGCAGGCGUGCGUCAACAACAAGUGCAUCGACCCGUGCGCGUCGCCCACCGCAUGCGGGGGCAAUGCGCGCUGCGCCGUCGAGGCCCACCGCGUCAAGUGCGCGUGCCCGGACAACCUGGUGGGUGACCCCUACGUCAACUGCCGGCUGCCGGUCACGUCGUGCAGCGGCGACAGCGGCUGUCCCAGCGGCAUGACCUGCUUCUUCGGCACGUGCCGCCCCCUCUGCAAGGGCGACCAGGAAUGCUUCAACAACGAGCGCUGCGUGGGCGGCGUCUGCAAGGAGAUCUGCAGCUCCGACAGCCAGUGCGGCGCCGGCAACAUCUGCGAGGGGCGCCUGUGCAUCCUCGGCUGCCGCUCCGACUCGUCCUGCCCGACGGAGCAGUCGUGCAUCAACCGCCAGUGCCGAGACCCGUGCCAGGGCGCCACCGCCUGCGGCACCUGUGCCCAGUGCCAGGUCGUCAGCCAUCGCGCGCAGUGCAGCUGCCCGCCCACCGCCGUGGGCGACCCCUUCAUCGCCUGCACCACUCCCCCGCGCGCCUGCUCCUCCAACACCGACUGCGCCUUCCGCGGGUUCUGCCAGUCCGGCUACUGCACCAAGCAGUGCUCGUCCUCCGACCAGUGCAACUGCGGCGAGACGUGCAGCGACGGCCACUGCCACGCCCAGUGCGCCGAGGACCAGGAGUGCGCCCAGGGCUUCCUGUGCCGCGGGGGCGUUUGUGUGACCGGGUGCCGCGCCAACACCGACUGCCCGCUCACGCAGGGCUGCGUCAACCGCGAGUGCCAGGACCCAUGCGACGACGCCUGCGGGGACAACACCUACUGCCGCGUGUCGAACCACCGGCCGCUGUGCUUCUGCAACAGCGGCUACCAGGGCGACCCCGUCAAGGGCUGCGAGGAGUACGAGUGCCUCAAGGACACCGACUGCGACUCUGAGCAGGUGUGCCUCAACCAGGAGUGCAAGAACCCCUGCCUGCAGGACACGUGCGGCACCAACGCGCGCUGCAGGGUGGUCAGCCACAGCGUGGAGUGCUCGUGCCCGCCCAACUUCUACGGCAACCCUCAGAUCGAGUGCAAGAAGGAGAUCAACGAGUGCCUCAACAACCCGUGCGCCAACAACGCGCAGUGCAUCAACACCGUCGGCAGCUUCAUGUGCGAGUGCAACAACGGCUGCCAGGGAGACCCCUACCGCAGCGGCUGCCUGUGCCCGCAAGAGCAUGUGGACCCCUGCCUCCUCAUCUCGUGCGGCCAGAACGCCCUGUGCCGCAUCGUCACCCAGACAGAGGCCGAGUGCUACUGCCCCGACAGCCUGCCCAACGGCGACCCCCUCGCCAAAUGCACGGGAGACUGCCGCCAGACGGGGUGCGGGACGGCGGCGUCCUGCCUCAUCGACCGCGACGGAAGCUACGAGUGCCGGUGCCGACGCGGGUGGAGCGGCAACCCCUACGACGAGUGCGUCCCUGGUGAGUACUGUGCCCUGGCUGCGUGGAUUGGGGAUUGGAGGUUGAUGCUAUGUCUCAAGCGACAGGCUUGCACACAGGACUGCCCCGCCCACCAGGCAGCGCAAUCAGGCAGUGAUAAGUGGCACAGUGUAAAGACCUGCUGCACGAGUGGCUGCGACCGAGCGGAGACCUUUGCCCGAUCGGCUAUUAGAGAGCAGGUGACUCCAUUACCAUGCUUGGCACGACCCCUGUGCGACAGGCGGGCCAUAGAGUGUGUCGGGCGAACGACCGGUGCGCGAGCAAGCCACGUGCCAACAACAGUAUGUGAAAAACUGGCUCUCGAGGCGUACCGCAUUCGCCCGAGACAAGCAGUAGGUGCAUGCCGGCCACUGCGGACCCCUGCGUCACCAUCUGCGUGCGUGUCCCUAUCAACACGGGUGGACCGUUCCUCGGCCGUCGCCAACACGUGCUACCAAUGCGUGGACCCCUGCGCCUCGCACGUCUGCCCCGGCGACACGCCAUGCUACGUGGAGGACCACAAGCCACUCUGUAAAUUCUGCCCGCCUGGCUUUACCGUUGACCCUGAGUUUGGAUGCGUUAAAGCAAUCGGAUGCCGAGACGACUCCGAGUGCCCGACCAACCAGGCGUGCAUCAACGAGAAGUGCCUCAACCCCUGCGUGGCUCGCAACCCGUGCAGUGCCAAGGAGGAUUGCAAGGUGCAGAACCAGAGGGCCACGUGUGUUGCAGUCGGCUGUCGCAGCAACACGGACUGCCCCAGCAACGAGGCGUGCGUGAACCGAGCGUGCGUCUCCCCGUGUGAAGUCAGCGACCCUUGCGUGUUCAGCGAGCGAUGCGAAGUCAGAGAUCACAUCCCCUUCUGCAUCUCAGAAUGUAACUGCCAGUCCAACAGUGACUGCCCCGCCCCCUUCACCUGUGACGGUUGUACCUGCAAGCCACAAAUUGUGACCACUCCGCAGCCGGGAUGUCAGUACAACAGGGACUGCCCCUCCAACAGGGCGUGCGACCGGCUCUCGCGCAGGUGCAUCGACCCCUGCGACGAGGACACCUGCGCCCCCACGGCCUUCUGCCAGGCCAUCGACCACCAGCCCAGGUGCGAGUGCCCGGCGGGGUACAGCGGCAACCCUUACAUCGAGUGCGCCAUCCCUGUCGGGUGCCGCGACAACAGCGCCUGCCCGCCCACCCAGGCCUGCAUCAACAACCAGUGCCAGGACCCGUGUCGCUGCGGCCGCAACGCCGUGUGCGAGGUCACGCAGCAUCGUGCCACGUGCCGAUGCCCACCUGGGUACCAGGGCGACCCCCUCAGGAACUGCCAAGUGCCCAUCAACCCCUGCGACUCCGACCCGUGCGGCGAGGGCGCCCUCUGCGAGCUCGACAACGGCAACCCCAUCUGCGUGUGCCCGAAAGGCACGACCGGCAACCCCUUCGAGAAGUGCAUUCCUGAGGGCAAGGACUGCGAGCCGAACCCGUGCGGCCCCAACUCGGGCUGCCGCGUGGUGGGCGGCGCCCCGGUCUGCUUCUGCCUGCCGGAGUUCAUCGGCAACCCCCCAAGCGUGGCGUGCAGCCCCCCUCCAACCCGUGCUCCCCCUCUCCCCGUGCGGGCCCAACACCGAGUGCACAUGGUGAACGGCUUCCACCGCUGCACGUGCCGCCCCGGCUACGUGGGCAACCCCAACACCAUCCGGGGCUGCGAGCCGCCUGUCAACCCCUGCGUGCCGUCCCCGUGCGGCCAGGGCGCCCUCUGCGACCCCAACAGGAAGUCCUUCUGCUACUGCCGCCCCGGCCUCAUCGGCGACCCCUACACCGGCUGCAGAGUGCCGCCCCCCAGCUGCGGCCCCGGCGUGUGCGGCCAGAAUGCCGAGUGCUACGUCCGCGGCGAUAAGCUGCAGUGCCGCUGCCUCGAGGGCUACCGAGGCGACCCGAAGGUGCAGUGCGAGCGCAGCCCCGACAACCCGUGCGAGCCCUCCCCGUGCGGGCCCAACGCGCAGUGCUCGGUGGCGACCGGCAACUACCCCGUCUGCGCCUGCUUCCCCGGCUUCUUCGGCGAUGCCGACUCGUUCCAGGGCUGCAAGCCGGAGUGCGUCGUCGACACGGACUGCAGCGACGACCUGGCGUGCAUCAGCACCAAGUGCGUGGACCCGUGCCCGGGCGCCUGCGGCAUCAACUCGCUCUGCGAGGUCAACACCCACCGCCCGGUCUGCUUCUGCCCCGCCGGCUUCAUGGGCAACCCCUACAUCCGGUGCGAGGAGAAGUCGGAGCCCAUCCCGCCCAAGGAGGAGCCGGCGCCCCCCGCGCCCGCCAACCCGUGCGUGCCGCCCCCGUGUGGCAUCAACGCCGAGUGCCGCGUGCAGGGCCAGUCGGCCGUGUGCUCGUGCAUCGGCGACUACAUCGGCGACCCGAAGGACAGGUGCCGGCCGCAGUGCGUCACCAACGCCGACUGCGCCGACGACAAGGCCUGCAUCGACCAGAAGUGCCGCGACCCGUGCCCGGGGCUCUGCGGGGUCAACGCCGAGUGCGAGGUCGUGAACCACAACCCCAUCUGCUUCUGCCCCAAGGACCUCACCGGAGACCCCUUCAGGUUCUGUGUGGAGAAACCGCCGCCCCCGCGCCCGGCCCCGUGCCAGCCGAACCCGUGCGGGCCCAACUCCGAGUGCCGCCCGAGUGCGGACGACAAGCCCAUCUGCUCGUGCCUGCCCAACUUCUUCGGCUCGCCGUGCCGCCCCGAGUGCACCUCAAACCCCGACUGCCCGGGAUGGACCCUCGCCUGCAUCAACUACAAGUGCGUGGACCCUUGCCAGGGCUCCUGCGGCAUCAACGCGAAGUGCUCCGUGGUCGCGCACAACCCCGUGUGCAGGUGCCCCGACGGCCUCACCGGAGACCCCUUCAGCCGCUGCUUCGAGAAAGCGGCCUCUAGACAGACCCCGCCUGGAGACGACCCCCUUCCCUCCCGCGGCCCCCUGCACACCCUCUCUUGUUGGUUGCCAACGCCGAAGGAGUGCCAAUGGUGGGAGGGAAGGGCAACUUGCGCCUGCCUCCCCGGCUUUUACGGCCGCCCAGAGCUCGGUUGCACGCCCGAGUGCAUCACCAACUCCGACUGCGUCCAACCCGUGCCAACUUCCGGCUGGUGCCUCGUUCGGCCAUCGGUCCUCACCCAAAAGACCACGCUGCCCUGCGGGGAUACGGCCGUCGCCGGCUCGUGCGACCUUUGCAGCCGGCGUGUCUCAUACCACAACCCCAUUGCUCCUGUUGAACCUCGGUGCCGCCCCGAGUGCCUGGUGAGCAGUGACUGCCCGCUCACGUUGUCGUGCAUCAGCCAGAAAUGCCGAGACCCGUGCCCAGGCACGUGCGGCAACAACGCCCUCUGCUCCGUCGUCAGCCACAACCCCCGGGUCCAACCGGAGGCGGACACCAACCCGUGCGUGCCCGACCCCUGUGGCGCCAACGCCCAGUGCCGCGUGCAGGGCACCGUGGCCGUGUGCGAGUGCCGCCCGGGUACCUUCGGCAACCCCAACCAGCCCUCGGGAUGUCGCUACGAGUGCGUCGCCAAUGCCGACUGCCCGAUGGACAGCGCGUGCAUCAAUCGGCGCUGCGUGGACCCGUGCGUGGGCACGUGCGGCCUCGAGGCGCUGUGCGACGUGGUGGCGCACAACCCCAUCUGCAGGUGUCCCGCCGGCUACACCGGCGACCCCAUCUAUCGGUGUACCCUGAUCGACCUGGUAGUGACGCCGGAGGUCGAGACACCGUCCAGCCCGCCGCAGGACCCGUGCGCCGGCUCGCCCUGCGGCCCUGCGGCGGUGUGCUCCGUCGACCGCGACCGCUUCUCCUGCUCCUGCCAGCCCGGCUACUUCGGCAACCCGUACGAGGGCUGCCGCCCCGAGUGCACCGUCAACUCCGACUGCCCUCCGAGCCGUGCGUGCAUCAACAACAAGUGCGUGAACCCGUGCCCGGGCUCGUGCGGCCUCAACGCCGACUGCCGAGUGCUCGGCCACCAGCCCAGCUGCUACUGCCCGCCGGGCUACACGGGGAACCCGUACUCGCGCUGCUUCAUCGACCGACCCGAACCGGAGCCCAAACCCACACCGGAGGACCCAUGUCAACCCAGCCCCUGCGGUCCCAAUGCCGAGUGCAGGGUCGUGGCUGGCAGGGCGCAGUGCUCCUGUCUGUCGGGAUUCCUCGGUUUCCCUCCGUCCUGCCGCCCCGAGUGCGUGCUCAACUCCGACUGCCCUCUGGCUCUGGCGUGCAACAGACAGAAGUGCCGCGACCCUUGUGUGGGUGUUUGCGGGGUCAACGCGGAGUGCGAGGUCGUGAACCACAACCCCAUCUGCUUCUGCCCCAAGGACCUCACCGGCGACCCCUUCGUCAGAUGCGUCAAACGUAAGUGUUGGCUCUGGUUUCGCUCUCUAACUCCCCUGUGUAUAGCAUGCCCUAACAUCUCCAUGAGAGCUGCAAGAACGUCUUCUCGAGAUUCGCGAGGUGAGUCUGUCCGCCGUGGAAGUGUCGCCACGGAUCCUCGAAGGGUGUGUCAUCGUGUGUCUGUGUGUGUGCGUGUCCGUAUGUGCGCAGCGGCGCCGAAGCCCCCGAUGUCGAGCCCUUGCUCGCCUUCCCCGUGCGGGACGAACGCCCUGUGCCGCAGCGUCGGGGCCCGCGCCGAGUGCUCGUGUCCCCCCGAGCUACAAGGAAACCCCUUCGUCAGGUGUUCCCCCGAAUGUGAAACAGACAGCAUGUGCCCGAACAACCGCGCGUGCGUACGACGGAGGUGCGUGGACCCGUGUCCGGGGGCAUGUGGUCUGUUGGCCACAUGCCAGGUCCUCCAGCACCGUCCCGUAUGCGCGUGCCCCGAGGGCCUGAUGGGAGACCCCUACUCUGCUUGCCGACCAACCCCAACCCCCAUUCAAUGUGAGCAUGUCCACAGGUGCGUGGACCCGUGCCCAGGGACCUGCGCAGACGAUGCCGUGUGCCAGGUGAUCCUCCACCGGCCUCGGUGCUCCUGCCCGCCCGGACUCACCGGCGACGCCUACUCCCAGUGCUACAGGCCCUCUUCCACGUCCGUGACGGCGUCGCCGUGCUCGCCCUCGCCGUGCCUGCCCUGGGAGGUGUGCACAGUGCAGGGCGCGGCCGCGCUGUGCCUGCAGUGCGUGGUCAGCAACGACUGCCCGGCGCACCAGGCGUGCGUGGCCCACCGGUGCAGCGACCCGUGCCCGGGCGUGUGCGGCCCAGGGGCGCAGUGCGUGGUGGUGGCGCAUAGCCCCGUCUGUCGGUGUGACCCCGGCCUCCUGGGAGACCCCUACAGGCGGUGCUCACGGCCCACUCGUCCUGUGCCCCCGCCCCCGCAGCCUGUGCCGUGCGUGCCCAGUCCGUGCGGCACCAACGCUCGGUGCCAGGUCAAGCUGGACCGGGAGGUGUGCGAGUGCGCCCCAGGUUACUUCGGCAACCCGUACCUGGGGUGCCGGCCCGAGUGCGUGGUGCACACGGACUGCGCCGUGCGGCUGGCGUGCGUACGGCAACGCUGCGUGAACCCGUGUCCGGGCUCGUGCUCGCCGGAGGCUGAGUGCACCGUGGUGAACCAUCGGCCUGUGUGUACGUGUCCCCCGGGCUUCACCGGGGACCCCCUCACCCGGUGCCGCCCCGUGCCGCAGCUGCCCCCGACGGCCACCAACGAGGCGAGCGACCCGUGCGACCCCGGGCCGUGCGGCGCCAACACGCAGUGCCGCGUGACUGAGGGCUUCCCCGUGUGCGCCUGCCUCCCCGGCCUGGUCGGCAACCCCUACCUGGGUUGCCGGCCGGAGUGCCAGCGAGACACGGAUUGCAGCCUGGACCGCUCAUGCGUGGGCCAGCGAUGUGUGGAUCCGUGCCCGGGCACGUGUGGCCGCCGUGCCUCGUGCAUGGUAGUCAUGCAUCGCCCCCAGUGUGCCUGCAAAGAAGGCUAUUCCGGCGACCCUUACUCUGCAUGUUUCCUCUUUACACCUCCCCGGCCCCUCCCCGCCUCCGCCUGCAACCCUUCUCCCUGCGGGCCCUUCUCGGAGUGCCGCGACGUGGGCGGCAUCCCCCGCUGCUCCUGCGCCCCCACCUACGUCGGCACCCCGCCCCUGUGCCGCCCCGAAUGCGUUGUAAACUCCGAGUGCCAAGCGAACCGUGCUUGCGUCAGCCGGAGGUGCGUGAACCCGUGUACCUUGGCGUGCGGCGUGGACGCGGAGUGCCGUGUGAUCAACCACAACCCCGUCUGCUCCUGUCCCGCCCAGUACACGGGGGAUUCCCUCUCGAUCUGCUUCCCGGCGCCCAAACCGGUCGCCCCUCCGGCCCUGCCCGCUGUGGACCCCUGCGUAGGCAGUGCAUGUGGAGACAAUGCCGAGUGCUCAGUGAUAGGCAACUAUGCAGAUUGCAAAUGCAAACCUGACUAUUACGGCAACCCCUACGUUGCGUGCAAACCCGAGUGUGUAGUAGACUCUGACUGUCCCCGCUAUCUAGACUGCGUCAGGAACAAGUGCAUCGACCCGUGCCCUGGGGCAUGCGGCAUCAAUGCAAUAUGUGACGUGUUGAACCACCAGGCCAUGUGCAAUUGCCCGACGGGUUACACGGGAAGUCCCCUCGCGCGCUGCCACCCUGCGCAGGAGGUUAUCACUCCCCCGUCGCAGGCUGACCCCUGCGCGCCCUCGCCGUGCGCCGUGAGCGCCGAGUGCCGCGUGGUCGGGGGGCGCCCCGUGUGCUCCUGCCUCCCCGGCCUCAAGGGCGACCCGACGCGCUCCUGCCGCCCCGAGUGCAUCACCAACUCCGAGUGCCUCGCCGACCAGGCCUGCGUCAGCCACAAGUGUGUCGAUCCGUGUGUGGGUGUGUGUGGGCGCCAUGCCAUCUGUAGGGUGGUGCUGCACGCGCCCGUCUGCUCCUGCGACGCCGGCCACGUCGGCGACCCCUACACGCGGUGCCAGCCUGUGUCCUUUUCUUUCCCUCGAUGCAUGAAUGCACGCAAUCCGUGUGAAUGUCGCCUGGACGGCCGGCAGCAUGUUCUCACUCUGUGUUCGGCUCUUCUAGCUGUGCCGAAGCCCGAGCCGCCAAGAAACCCGUGUUCGGGCGACCCGUGCGGCCCGAACGCCGCCUGUCGCGAGAUCAACCUGCAGCGGGUGUGCACCUGCCUGCCCGGCUUCGUGGGCAACCCGCCCGCGUGCCGCCCAGAGUGCGUGGUGCACCCCGAGUGCCCGCCGCUGCUCGCCUGCCUCAACAACCGCUGCGUGGACCCCUGCAAGGGCACGUGCGGCAUCAACGCCGAGUGCCGCGUCAUCAACCACAACCCGAUCUGCAGCUGCCUCGGCGGCUUCACAGGCGAUCCCUUCGUCAGGUGCACGCCCUCGCCGAUCGCCCAGCCCACGCCUCCGCCCGUGGUGAGGCCUCCCAUCACGCCCGACACACCAAGACCCACCUCGCCCAUGCCGCCGAUUGCCGGGACGCCCCCGCCUAUCAAGGACCAGACGAUCGUCCCGUCGGCGGUGGACCCUCAGGGCACGCCGCCGCCCAUUGUGGACCUCCCCGAGCCGCCCGCGCCGCCCAAGGACCCCUGCGUGCCUGACCCCUGCGGCUCCAAUAGCUACUGCCGUCAGAACGGCGACCGCUACGUGUGCGAGUGUCGGGAGGGCUACUUCGGCAACCCCGAGAUCGGCUGCGGCCCCGAGUGCGUCCUCAGCACCGACUGCGCCAGCAGACUCACGUGCGUCCGCCAGAAGUGCGUUGACCCCUGCCCGACCGCAUGCGGCAACGGGGCUCAGUGCACCGUCGUCAACCACAGGGCCGUGUGUUCCUGCCCGCAGGGUCUUCAGGGCGACCCUUACACGCAGUGCGUCGUCAGUCCCAUCGUCGGAACCACACCGUCCCCCACCCCGAUGCAGCCCACGGCCAAGACCCCGUGCGAGCCCAACCCCUGUGGUCAGAACGCCGAGUGCAAACCCGUGGGCCUCGACGAGCGCUGCAGCUGCCUCCCGGGCUUCUUCGGCAACCCGUACGACUACUGCCGCCCAGAGUGCACGUCCGACCCCGAGUGCCCCUCCUACCUGGCGUGCGUGAAUCAGAAGUGCAUCGACCCGUGCCCCGGCACCUGCGGCAUCAAUGCCGAGUGCCUGGUGGUCACACACGCCCCCAUGUGCUACUGCCGGCCGGGUUAUGUUGGUGACCCUUACCAGUCAUGUCGCCCUGAGCCAGUCACGACGCCCAGCCCCUUGGACCCGUGCAACCCCAGCCCGUGCGGCCCCAACUCCGAGUGCCGCACCGUCGGGGACCGGCCCGUGUGCGAGUGUCUGAGUGGAUACUUCGGCAGCCCACCCGAUUGUCGACCUGAGUGCAUAGUCAAUUCCAAUUGCCCCGUCAUAAUGGCUUGCGUCAACAAGAAGUGCCGCGACCCGUGCGCGGGCGCGUGCGGGACAGACGCCCUGUGCGAGGUGGUCAACCACAACCCCGUGUGUUACUGCCGCCAGGACAUGACGGGCGACCCCUUCAUCCGCUGCAUCGAGUCAACCAGUCCUAAGCCUCACGAGCCAGCAGACCCGUGCGCCUCCAACCCGUGUGGGUUGAACGCCGACUGCUCCUUCGUGGGCGGUCUGGUGGUGUGCAAAUGCCAGGGCGACAUGAUAGGCAACCCGUACGAGGCGUGCCGCCACCCGUGCACGGUCAACUCGGACUGCCCUUCCAACAAGGCAUGUUCGCGCAAUAAGUGCGUUGACCCGUGCAUCGGGGCGUGCGGCAUCAACGCCGAGUGCCACGUGUCCCGGCACCGCCCUGUGUGCACGUGUCCCCACGACCUCACGGGAGACCCCUUCUCCCGCUGUGUCCUCGUGACUCCGACCACCUCUGUCCCCGACGACCCCUGCUCGCCCCCUCCCUGCGGCCUCAAUGCCGAGUGCAAGCGCAGAGGCACCGCGUCCUACGACUGCAAGUGCAUCAGGGACUACUUCGGCGACCCCUACACGGAGUGCCGGCCCGAGUGCGUGGUCAACACCGACUGCCCGAGUGACAUGGCGUGUCGCAACCUCAAGUGCAUCGACCCGUGUCCUGGCACCUGUGGCAUCAACGCCCAGUGCAACACGGUCAACCACAAGCCCGGGUGCGCGUGUCUGCCCGGCUUUGAAGGCAAUGCCAACGACAGGUGCCAAGUCCAGGCAGUUACGCCCUCAGCCCCGACCAGCGACCCGUGUGCACUCGACCCGUGUGGCCCUUACUCGUCCUGCCGCGUGGUGAGAAACCGCCCCGUGUGCGAGUGUCUGCCAGGUUACUAUGGCGCCCCUCCGAACUGCCAUCCCGAGUGCACGACCAAUCCCGACUGCCCCAAGUACCUAGCGUGCGUCAACGAGGCCUGCGUGGACCCGUGCGUGGGAACCUGCGGCGUCUCUGCGGACUGCCAGGUGGUGAAUCACAAUCCCACCUGCACGUGUCCCAGGGGCUAUGUGGGGGAUCCGUACAUUCAGUGUCGUCUGGUUGAGUCAUCUGUGGUUAAGCACGACAUUAGUUCGUACUCCCACAUGAGUGAGAGAUGUUCAUUGGCGGUUUCAGUCAUGGUUCGGCCCCAGUUAUCUGCGUCUCCUUCACCCCUUCAUGAUAAACACACCCUAAUAAACACUCCCCUAAUGCUUGCAGUAACGUCGAAGUCCCCUGUCCCAACCUCCCCUACGACUAUCUCUACGCCCACCGUUCCGACUAUCGCUACACCAGCACGCCCAUGCGCCUCUGAGCCUUGUGGCCUGAAGGCUCUUUGUAAACCUUUGGGCGAAUACUUCGAGUGUACAUGUCCGCCAGGCAUGUUUGGCAAUCCAUAUGUGGAGUGCCGAUAUGAAUGCGUUGUAGACUCCGACUGCGCUAGAAACAGGGCUUGUGAACGGAAUAAGUGCAUUGACCCUUGCGAGGGUGUGUGCGGAGAAAGAGCAGAGUGCCAUGUGAUCAUGCACAGGCCCGUGUGUACUUGUGUGCCCGGGUUUACGGGUGAUGCCUACACAGCAUGUAACCCUGUCAAAGUGACAACCGGGCUCCCACCGUCACUGCCACAACGAGAGGAACCCUGCCAGCAAACCACUUGUGGUACCCUGGCUGAGUGCCAUGAGGAGGAUGGACGGCCAGUGUGCCAUUGCAUUGAAGGUUUUGUGGGUGACCCAUAUGUAGCAUGUCGCCCUCACUGCUCUGCGGAUUCGCAUUGUGCUUCUGGCCUAGCAUGUGUCAAUGACAAGUGCAUUGACCCAUGUCCAGGUACAUGUGGCAUCAAUGCUGAAUGUAGAGUGCCAAAUCAUGUCCCUAUUUGCACUUGCCCACCUGGUUACACAGGCAGUGCCUAUCAGCGUUGCUUCCCAAAACCGGAUACAUCCUCGGAGUCUGGUGAGGACCUGUGUGAAGUGUGUGGGUCUAAUGCGGAGUGUCGUAUAGUGGAUGGCCGCCCAGUGUGCACUUGCCUACCUGGAUUUCUUGGUGCACCACCAAACUGCCACCCAGAGUGUAUCGUCAACCGUGACUGUUCCACAACAGAAGCAUGUAAUAAACAAAAAUGUGUUGAUCCAUGCAUUGGAGCUUGUGGCACGAAUGCAGAUUGCCGUGUCAUCAAUCAUUCUCCUGUGUGUACCUGCCUUCCAGGUUACACUGGCGAACCAUUCGUCAGGUGCAAUCGUAUCCCUGUUGCCCAGCCAACUCUUGCACCUCCUGUUACGGAACGUCCUGAUCCAUGCCGUGAGGGAACUUGUGGUCCGAAUGCCAACUGCCGUGUGCAGGGAACUCGUGGCAUCUGUACCUGCAUUGAAGGCUACUUUGGUAACCCGUAUGUACAAUGUCGCCCUGAGUGUGUCAUCAACUCCCAGUGUCCACAGUACUUAGCUUGCAACAACCAGCGGUGUGUUGAUCCUUGUCCAGGUACCUGUGGCAUUGAUGCCAUCUGUGAGGUGGUCAACCACAAUCCCUUGUGCUCCUGCCCUCGCAGCAUGACAGGCGAUCCCUUCGUUCGCUGUGAACCAAUCCGUGCUCCACCUGAUCCAUGCAUCCCUACUCCAUGUGGACCAUACACCAAAUGUCAAGUUGUGAAAGACAGGGCAGUGUGUUCUUGCCUUCCUGGCUACUUUGGAAACCCAGACCUUGGAUGCAAGACGGAAUGUACCAUCAACUCUGACUGUCCUCUGAGUAGUGCAUGCAUUAACAGGAAGUGUGUUGACCCAUGCAUUGGUGUAUGUGGAAAUCAGGCUAAGUGCAGUGUGGUCGGCCACAACCCAUUGUGCAGCUGCCCUGAUGGAUUCAUUGGUGAUCCUCUUACAUCCUGUAGACUGAAGCCUGAUGUACCAGUUGAUCCAUGUAACCCCAAUCCCUGUGGAAUCAAUGCAAAUUGUGAAGUCAAGAACAACCGAGCGUUCUGUACUUGCUUCCCUGGAUACUUUGGUAAUCCAGAUGUGGAGUGCAGACCUGAGUGCAUCAUCAAUUCUGACUGCCCCAGAUACCUGGCAUGUGCAAAUCAGAAAUGUAUUGACCCAUGCCCAGACUCCUGUGGCAUCAAUGCGCUCUGUGAUGUCAUCAACCAUAAUGCUAUGUGCAGCUGUCCUCGCGGUUACAACGGUGACCCAUACGUCGAGUGCAGAGUUGCAUGA